UGAUCAUUAAAUCUGAAUUUUAGUACAAAAAUAAGGAAAAGUUUGGUUUUUUUCUAAAAUAAAAUGACAUACUAAAAUGUGUAGAAAUGGUGGCAAUCCAGAAUGGCAGAGCCUCAAAAAUAAUUUUUUUUAAAAAAAAUAUUAUAAGCCGUUCACUUUCACAGUUUCACGUGACUCAGAGUCUCAGACAUUGACCACCAAGCCAAAGCCACUAAGCCACACAACACUCAUCCCUCUCUCCAAACAAUGCCGCACCAGCCGCCGAGACAAAUGGAAAACAAUGCGCGCCGGCGCCGGCGCCGCACUGUUCCCUCGCCGCCGCCGACGCCGCUUUUUCUUUUCCUUUUUCUCAUGCAAGCUUACUGCUAUUUCCCGGCGGCUAUCGGCGCCGACGAUGCCGCCACGCCGUCUGUGCCGCUCGUCAGUAGCUCUUUGCUCCCCUCCGACGCCGUUUCGCUGCUGUCGUUCAAGUCCAAGGCGGACCUUAAUGGCAGGCUGCUUUACACGCUUAACGAGCGGUUUGACUACUGUGGAUGGCAGGGGGUGAAGUGCGCUCAGGGGCGGGUGGUGCGUCUCGUUCUCCAAGGUUUUGGUCUCCGAGGGAUCUUCGCCGCCGACACGCUCACUCGGCUUGACCAGCUCCGAGUUCUGAGUCUGAAGAACAACUCGCUCUCCGGCGCUAUUCCUGACCUCGCCGGACUGCCGAACCUCAAAACGCUGUUUCUGGACCACAACCACUUCUUCGGAACUUUUCCUCCCUCCAUCCUCUUUCUUCACCGUCUUCUCAUUCUCGAUCUCUCUGAUAACAAUUUCACCGGUUCGCUCCCCGAUGGACUGACGGUUCUGGACCGGCUGAACUACCUCCGCCUCGACUCUAACCGCUUCAACGGCUCCGUUCCGGCGUUGAACCAGUCGGAACUGGGAGUAUUCAACGUCUCCAACAACAACCUCAAAGGUCCUAUACCUGUAACUCCGACUCUGUCUAAGUUCACUAUUUCUUCAUUCUCGUUGAACCCUAAUCUUUGCGGCGAGGUUGUGGACAAGCCUUGCGGAGCUUCUCCGUUCUUCAACUCCCCUCCUGCUACGCCCGUCUCGCCGCCUAGGCCUCUCCUACAGGAAGCGCAGUCGCAGGGAAUACUCCCGCCGCCUACUCAACACCGGCACAAAAAAACCGGCGUCAUUUUAGGUUUCGUCGUCGGAACUCUAGUCUUAAUUGCAGCUAUUGUCUCCCUCUUCACUUUAAUCAGAAGACGGAAGGAAGAAAUGGAGCCGAAAUCCACAAAAUUGACCUCGGAUACUGGUAACCACAACAUGGAGGAUGUGAUGUGCUCACCUCAAGGCGGAAACAACGAAGAAGUCAAAGAGAAUAAAAUGCAAGCACCUCAACCGCCGUUGAAGAGCGGAAAUCUGAUGUUCUCUUCAGGGGAGGCAGAAUUGUAUUCUCUAGAGCAGCUUAUGAGAGCUUCCGCCGAGCUGCUCGGUAGAGGUACGCUUGGGACUACGUACAAGGCGGUUAUGGCUUCUCAGUUGAUCGUGUCCGUUAAACGACUCGACGCCGGAAAAACUUCCAUUACCGGCGCGGAGGCUUUCCUGCAGCACAUGGAGGCAGUAGGCGUUCUCCGCCAUCCGAAUUUGGUCCCUGUUAGGGCUUACUUCCAGGCCAAACAGGAAAGGCUAAUCAUCUACGAUUAUCAACCCAACGGCAGCCUUUUCAAUCUCAUUCACGGUUCAAGAUCCACGAGGGCUAAGCCACUUCACUGGACAUCAUGUCUAAAAAUUGCAGAAGACGUUGCUCAAGGGCUGGCUUACAUCCAUCAAGCAUCAAAGCUUAUCCACGGCAACUUGAAAUCCUCCAAUGUCCUCCUCGCCACCGACUUCGAGGCAUGUCUCACCGACUACUGCAUAAUAACACUAGCAGACGUAUCUCCAAGCGACGAUCCAGACUCCGCACGCUACAAAGCCCCCGAGGCACGCAAGUCUACAAGGCGUGCCACUUCAGCUUCCGAUGUCUAUUCCUAUGGCAUCCUCCUGUUGGAGCUCUUGUCAGGUAAACAUCCUUCCCAGCACCCAUUCCUCUCACCCCCCGACAUGCCAGAGUGGGUUAGAGCCAUGCGGGAAGAUGACGGGGAGGAAGAUACAUGGCUCGGAAUGCUAGUUGAAGUAGCUAGUAUCUGUAGCUUGACAUCCCCAGAACAGAGGCCAACAAUGAGGCAAGUGCUGAAAAUGAUUCAGGAUAUUAAGGAGUACAAUGGUUGCGAAUGAACACUAGGUGGGAUGGAAAUGGAAUGUUCAAAUUUUUGAAUUAGCUUCCUUUAUACUGUGAAACGGCAAAACAGUUAAGGUCAAUUGUUGGGCAGUGGCUGUGGAUUGGGUUUUUGGUAAAUCAAAGGUAUGGUCAAUUGUAAAUGUAAAUUAUUUUACAUAUAUCUAUGUUCCUCUACGGAUGAAAAUUAGUUUUGGUUUUCCUCAGGUCAUACAUUCCCAAAUUUUGUUGUGCAUUAUAUCUCUUUAUACCUUAUUCCUUUUAUUUUUUU